AUGAACGGCCACGAGGCGGUCGUUAGUCUGCUGCUUGAGAAGGGCGCCGAACUAGAGUCGAAGGAUGAUGAUGGCUGGACACCACUAGCGUGGGCGGCUAUGAACGGCCACGAGGCGGUCGUUAGUCUGCUGCUUGAGAAGGGCGCCGAACUAGAGUCGAAGGUUGAUGAUGGCUGGACGCCGCUAACGUGUGCGGCUAUGAACGGCCACGAGGCGGUCGUUAGUCUGCUGCUUGAGAAGGGCGCCGAACUAGAGUCGAAGGAUGAUGAUGGCUGGACACCACUAGCGUGGGCGGCUAUGAACGGCCACGAGGCGGUCGUUAGUCUGCUGCUUGAGAAGGGCGCCGAACUAGAGUCGAAGGAUGAUGAUGGCUUGACGCCGCUAGCGUGGGCGGCCAAGAAUGGCCAUGAGGCGGUCGUCAAACAGUUGCUUGCUACAGACAGUGUCGACGUGAACUCGAAUGAUAAUAAUGGCAGGACGCCGCUGGCGUGGGCGGUUCAAAACGACAACGAGGCGGUCGUCAGGCUGCUGCUCGACACCGAUGGGGUCGACGUGAACUCGAAUGAUAAGAAUAGCAUGACACCGCUAGCGUUGGCAGCUAAGAAUGGCUACCAGGCGGUCGUCAGGCUGUUGCUUGAUACAGAAAGUAUCGACGUGGACUCGAAGGAUAAGACCACCCAAGCUGAAGGCUCUGUCACUGCUCUCUACCAUGCGUCAUUUGCAGGCCAUGCGAAUAUAGCGCGGAUGCUGUUGGAUGGAGAUGCCGACAUUAACACUCAGGGUGGGAUUUAUGGCAGUCCACUCCAGGCGGCAUCACUCCGAGGCCAUGAAGAGGUGGUCCAGAUGUUGUUGGAUUAUGGUGCUGACGUUGACGCUCAAGGGGGGAACUAUGGCACUGCGCUAUAUGCCGCAUCAUUCGGGGGCCAUGAAAAGGUGACACAUAUGCUAUUGGAUCGCGGUGCCGAUAUCAAUAAUCGGGGAGGAGAAUAUGGCAGUGCCCUCCAGGCCGCAUCAGCUGGAGCUCAUGAAAAGGUGGUGCGGAUGCUGUUGGAUCGUGGUGCCGACGUCAACUCUCAAGGAGGAGAAUAUGGCAAUGCACUCCGCGCGGCAUCAUCCAGAGGUCAUGAAAAUAUAGUGCAGAUGCUGUUGGAUCAUGGUGCUAACGUCGAGGCUCAAGGAGGAGAAGAUGGUAGUGUGCUACCGGCGACCACCGUUGGCUUGGGCAUCGCGGGCGCAAGGCACCUUUGUCAACAACUGCUCAGUGACCUGAACGGCAUCAAGACUUCGCCAAAAAACAUCGAACCUCUGACCGACAAUGUUAGAUCUCUCAACUUGGCACUUACCAGUGUUCAGAGUAUUCAUGACAGUGUAUGGCCGUGUCUAGGCCCGUCAUUCUUCGAAGACGCGAAAUCGAUCAUCACCGAGUGCACCGCCACUUGCGCGAGGACCAACAGGAUUAUUCAACGCUGGACCUACCGCUCUGAUGACGAUAGUCGAUCUUGGGUGGAUAAUUCUCAAACUGGGUUCUUUGAACAAACUCAGAUCGACUUGAUGAACCAGGAAAUUCACACUUACGGGACCAAAGUCAUGCGGGUGGCGAGCAUCGUAACACUUCUCAAGUCUGUUCAACAAGCGCCUAGUACGGCAGAGAUUAGAACGAGAAUCGAGUCUGAGACAGGAGAACUAGUGACUCAUUUGCAAGCGGCAGAGAUCGAAAGUCUUGAAAUAAAAAGGAGGAUAAGUUGUUUGAAGGCCAAGAGUACCGAACAGGAAGUCAAGCAACAAGACACCCUCGAGGAGUUAGAAGAACGGCAAGAGACUCUAAAAAUAAGUCGAAAGCUGUUGAAGACACCCCCGUCGGUUUUCCAGGAGGCUGUGAAUAGGGCGAAGAGUCCAACAGGGAGCCAUGUUUUUGGAACCGACCAUACUGGUGUUCAGAUUGGAACCAAUACUGCACCUUUUGAUUUUAAGCCAAAAUGA